AUGGAGAGAGAACAGGAAGAAAUCCAAUUUUUAGGCCUUUUCGAUAUCUACAUCGAAUCCUACAAAAUAAUUUACAGAUGGAAAAAAAUCUUCGCCCAAAUCACCCUAUCUUUGAUCCUUCCUCUCUCCUUCAUCUUCUUAACCCAUGAAGAAGUAUCAGAAAUUCUCUACUGGAGAAUCAGGCGCACAGAACACCAGUUACACUGGACUAAAACCGGUACGCCGAAGUACGAGAGACUUUCAGAUCUUGCAUCAUCAGAAUGGGCUAACUAUAUGAUCUUCAGGGCUGUUUAUUUCACCUUCCUCCUUAUCUUCUCCCUCCUGUGCACUUCUGCUGUUGUCUAUAUAGUUGCAUGCAUUUACACAGCAAGAGAAAUCACUUUCAAGAAAGUUAUGAGUGUAGUCCCAAAAGUCUGGAAAAGACUCAUGGUCACUUUCUUGUGCACUUUUUUUGCUUUCUUUGCUUACAACAUAAUUUUUGCACUAACCCUGAUUUUGUGGGGUGAUACCAUAGCAGAUUCUACGGCUGGAGCAGUGGUUUUCGUGAUCAUAUUAAUCGUAUAUUUUAUAGGGUUUGUGUACAUGACUAUAAUAUGGCAACUGGCAAGUGUUGUGACUGUUCUAGAAGAUUCAUAUGGAUUUAAGGCCAUGAUCAAGAGCAAGGCUUUGAUCAAAGGGAAGAUGUUUAUUACGAUAAUCAUCUUUUUAAAGCUAAAUUUCACUCUUGCAUUCAUAAAUUUUGUGUUUAAAGCCUAUGUUGUUUAUGGAUGGAGAGUCAGGGUUCUGACGAAGAUUGGAUUUGGAGUUCUUUGUUUAGGGUUAUUAUUGAAGUUGAUUUUGUUUGGAUUGAUUAUACAGACUGUUAUAUAUUUUGUGUGCAAGUCUUAUCACCAUGAGAAUAUAGACAAGUCUGCACUUUCUGAUCAUUUGGAGGUUUAUAUGGGAGAGUACGUUCCUCUGAAGGCGAAAGAUGUUCAGCUGGAGGAAUAUCAUAUAUAUCAGAGGAUUGAGUUUCAUGAUAUAUGUCUUUUUGUAACUUGGGAUAUACUGGCUACAUAUGUAGACGAUCAGUUCACAAAUAACAUAUAUAUUAUAUAUGAAAAUCUUCUCCUUAAUGGAUAUGUUAAGAUACGAAUACAAUUUAUUAGUCGCUCGAGCUCAUGGGGCCAUGCCCAGAGGAGCUCGGCUAGGGUUCGAGCUCGUGGACCGAGCUUUGACGAGGUAUAUGACCCUUUUGCUACCCCUACAGCUACUUAA